ACACGUAAGCAAAAAUUACAUGGACAUAUCUGCGCUUGACAGGGAAAGGAAGGGCGGAGGAGGAGGAGGAGGAACAUCAGACGACUAACGGACAAGACAACUCAUGUAUACUAGUCCACUUUAUGAUGUACCACGCGUCAUUGGUGAAUUGAUUCAUACAUAUUAUCGACCCACUAGUCAGCUUGUUAACGAUCCACCGGAAUUGAAAAGUGAUGCGAUUCGAUCCAUGGCAUGGCACCCACACCGCAACAUUAUUGCUUUUGCCGAUGAACACGAUGCAAUUUAUGUUUACGAGCGAGAAGGACAACACCAAGGCUGGAAGCGCGAAGUGUUGAAACAUCCAUUUAUGCGUGAUAUCACGUGUAUUGAAUGGAAAAAACGAGCACGCGGUACACUUGCCGUUGGAUGUCGAAAAGGUAUUUGUCUUUGGAACCUUGGAAGCGAAUCAGAGCAAGACUCUGCAUCCAUGAACUACUUAUUCCAUCCGGAACAUGAGAAUAUCAGCUCGAUAGCUUGGGAUCCAUCACCAGCCAGUCAUCUUCUUGCAGCAGCAUCGGGAACAAUGGGCACAAUUGUGGUUUAUGACACAAUGUUCUUAAGCACGAUGCCGCUUAAACGUAAAGGAAAAGGGAAUCUGCUGUUACGCUGGAGUCCAAAUGGACGAUGGCUUUAUGUGGCGACAAAAUCAGGAACCUCGCGCAUGUGGGAUACAUUGGAUUGGACGUAUAAAGAGUUGAAUAAUCCACCGGGUUUAUGGGUUCAGUCUGCAUGCUGGGCACCUGAUAGUCGAAGCUUAUUGCUUUCCAUGCACGGUAAAAGCGAUGUUCAUCUCAUUUACUGGGCAGGAUCAUCGAAUGCUUCAGAGAUCUGCCAUGAAAAAGUAUACUCUGCAUUACCCUCGAUUGACAGCGUAGCCGGGGAUGGCAAAUGCUUUACUGUUGGAGAUUCGAUCAAGGAGCUUGUACUAUGCCCUGAUACUGGCCGGAGGUUGGCUGUGAUCUUCACCAAUUCUUCGGCAGUUGCUUUGUACGCAGUAGAUAUUGAAUCACCUUUGACGCUCAAGAACAAAUCCGCAUUAACAAAAAUGUAAUUUUUUCUGUUUUCAUUCUAUGGGUGCAUCCAUGAACAUUAACUUUACUGAUAUCUUCU